AUGGCAUCUGGGCUGCUGAGGCUGCUCCUGCGCAGGCCUAACUGCCUCCUGGCUCCGGCUGCCCCCCUGUUAGCCCCUCCAGUGCGGGGCGUGAAGAAGGGAUUCCGCGCGGCUUUCCGCUUCCAGAAGGAGUUGGAGCGGUGGCGCUUGCUCCGGAAUCCACCACCGCCCGUGCGCCGUUCAGAGAAACCCAACUGGGAUUAUCAUGCUGAAAUACAAGCAUUUGGACAUCGGUUACAGGAAACCUUUUCCUUAGAUCUUCUUAAAACUGCGUUUGUUAAUAGCUGCUACAUUAAAAGUGAGGAGGCCAAACGCCAAAAGCUUGGAAUAGAGAAAGAAGCUGUUCUUUUGAAUCUUAAGGAUAAUCAAGAACUGUCUGAACAAGGGACAUCUUUUUCACAGACUUGCCUCACUCAUUUUCUUGAGGUCGCGUUCCCACCCUUACCCGCUGAAGGCAUCAAAAGUCUUGUUGACUUUCUCACUGGUGAGGAGGUCGUGUGUCAUGUGGCUCGGAACUUGGCUGUGGACCAGUUAACGCUGAGUGCCGAGUUUCCGGUGCCCCCGACUGUACUGAAGCAGACUUUCUUUGCAGUCGUUGGAGCCCUGCUACAGAGCAGCGGACCUGAGAGGACUGCACUUUUCAUCAGGGACUUCUUAAUUACUCAGAUGACUGGAAAAGAGCUCUUUGAGAUUUGGAAGAUAGUCAAUCCUAUGGGGCUACUGGUAGAAGAGUUAAAGAAAAGGAACAUCUCUGCUCCCGAGUCCAGACUGACGAGGCAGUCCGGAAGCAGCACAGCUCUGCCAUUGUACUUUGUUGGUUUAUACUGUGACAGAAAGUUGAUCGCAGAAGGACCUGGGGAAACAGUAUUGGUUGCAGAAGAAGAAGCUGCUCGAGCGGCGCUCAGGAAACUCUAUGGGUUCACUGAGAAUCGUCGGCCCUGGGACUAUUCCAGGCCCAAAGAGAAGCUGAGAGCAGAGAGGACCAUCACUGCCAGCUAA